AUGACGGACAAGGAAAAGCUUAGUUGUGACCAGUAUCUUACGCAGCAGAAUGGUAGUAUAGUGUCUCCGGGUUUUCCUGCGUUCUACCCAGACAAUAUACACUGCAGAGUCGUUAUUCGUGUUCUUGAUGGAUUCAAUAUAUUUCUUCAGUUCCAGGCGUUUGAUCUAGAGCCAUCUUACAAAGGUGUUUGUUAUGACUACCUGAUGGUCAGCUUACCUGACGGGAAAAACUUAACCAGUGGUGACCCCCGCCCACUCUGCGGCACACGAAGUGGACAACAGCAGUUGGAGGAGAUGUUUUUUGAGUCUCCAGACAAUACACUGGAACUGUGGUUUAUAACGGAUCGGAAGCUGUCUGGCUGUUACCAGGAAUUCCUGGAAAGCUCAGGUGUAGUUCACAGUUCAAACUACCCAGGGAAUUAUUUUCCUAGAAUGAACUGCAGCUAUGUCAUAAGGGGCCGGCAAGACCACCAGAUAUACUUGCAGAUACAGGAUCUCAACAUACCUCGUGGAGUAACGCCACAGGGCGCGACAAACUGUGAUCAAGGCUUUCUCGUGAUAAAAAUCUGUGAAUUAAAGAGAGAGUACACGUUAUGUGGAAACAAUUCUCAAAUCGAACACUACAACCUUCAUUUUCAAUCCACCGGUGGAGAUAUACAUCUUAGGUUUGUGUCGGAUUAUUCAUCCGUAGGGCGUGGCUUCUAUGCAACGUAUAAUUCAACACCGGUGUGUCAAAACCAGACGUUCUACGGAGCAUCAGGGGUUGUCACUAGUUGGGGUUAUCCACAAAACUAUACUAACAAUGCAGACUGUUUUUAUAUCAUCAAUAAUGAAGGUGCUCCAACCCAUGUUACAGAAUUGCAAUUCGUAGAACUGGACCUUCAGAGAGGCACGUAUAUCUCAGGCAACCAAGUCAACUGUGAUAAAGACUAUAUUGAAAUCUAUUCAGGACGCGACGUGAGACAAAUCUGCGGUCAAAAGGACGGAGUCGAAAAUUUGCUCAAAUUUUAUUCAGACGGGCCACAGAUGGUGCUUCGUUUGGUCUCUGAUGCGCAGAUCUCUGGGCGUGGAUUCGUCGCAAAGUGGAGGACUGUGGAACACUCUGGUGAAGUGGAACCAUGCCCGACAUAUUGGAUGGAACAUGGGGAAUACUGUUACAAUGUUUCAAAUGUAAAACGAAAGUGGGUUGAAGCCGAGGAAGACUGUAAAAGAAAACGCGGACAUUUAGCAUUUCUUGUGGGCCAGAUGUUGGACAUGUUUGUGAACAAAUACGUGUUAAACAGGUCUACACACACUCCUUUGUCUGGCUACUGGGUUGGUGGCAAUGACCAGAAAAGCGAGCAGGACUUCCAGUGGACUGCAGGUUUACCAUGGAAUUAUACCAAUUGGUUUCCAGGCUGGUCCAACAUGGAGAAUGCAUACAGCGAGCCGAGUGAUGAUGGUCUGUCUGACGAGGACUGUGUGGAACUGAGACAGAGUUUCUACUUUCCCUGGAAAGGAUUUGUUCUCGUAGACAAGCUGUACUGGAACGACAGGUCUUGCCAGACGCAAAAUUUCUACAUCUGCCAGAAACCUAAGUAUGGAGAUAUUACAAGAUACAUCUCCUCCCCAGUCACAAGUGUCACCCUACCUUACCCUCCGGACUGCAGCAGAGUGAUAACGCUGACGUCCUAUGGUGAGGAAUCAAACGGUGUGAUUCACAGUCCUAGCCAUCCUGGUUACUAUGGCAACAAUCUUGACUGUAACAUAACUAUCUUGCCACCUGCUAACUCCUCAUCGAUGUCGAUUAGGCUCCAGUUUAUGGCAUUUCAUCUGGAGUACAGCAGCAGGUGUGACUUUGACUUCCUUGAAAUAGCAUCUGGCAACUGGAGAGAUAGAAAAAGAUUCUGUGGCGACUACACAGACAAACUGAAGCUACUACAUUAUAUUGGCUUGCCUGGAGAAGUGGUCCACCUUCGAUUUGUUUCUGACAGAUCAAACAUUUAUCCUGGGUUCUUGGCCAAAUACAGCAUGACAACAGAGACCAGCCAAGUGUUCCCCCUACAAUCCCAGUCCAUCACAGAGUUCCAAGGAAACCUAACCAGCCCAAAAUUCCCUGAAUAUUAUGACAACGACAGCAACUUCAUUUGGAACUUCAUAACUCCUUCCGGUUUCCGAAUUUUAUUUACGAUUUUGGUAAUCAAUUUAGAAUACCAACAAGACUGUUUGUAUGAUUUCUUAGGAUUUCAAAGCAAGUGUGAUUUGACAUUGAAAAGGUAUUGCGGAAGAGGAAAGAGAAGGAUUUAUUUUGAAUCUCCUUGCAAUGAAACUUCUGUGAUGUUUCACUCAGAUUAUAAAGGGACAGGUCAGGGAUUUUGGCUCACAUGGGAUACAAUUGAUAUGUCAUCUUGUGAACUGUCACCUCAGAUAAUGACUGCUCCCUCUGGGCAUGUGGCCAGCCUGAACUAUCCUGUACAGUAUUUGAAUGAUUUAGCAUGUGUGGUGGAGAUUCAAGGAGAAAGUGGACAGAGGAUUUUCCUGGAAUUUCAAGAUUUCACACUAGAUGGCUCCUCUACAGAUUUUGUUGCCUUGGAUUUCCAUGAUGGACUUGAGAAGUUGACUCUGUCAAAUCUUAUAUACCCUGGAGAUAUGAAUGAUGAUAUACACUUUCUGUCUCCUAGUAACAAAUUGACCAUUACCUUUUAUUCAGAUGGUGCCAAUACUUCCAAAGGUUUUUAUGCCACUUACAAAGCUGUCUCUGGGGAAACAACCCGAGUCAACAGUCUCAAAAACCUAGGACCAAAAGCUUAUGGCAGCGUUUCUAGUCUCAACAGUCCAUUCCAGUACCCCAAUUGUCUCGUCCAUGGUACCACUCUCAAGGCACCCCUGGGUUAUAUUAUAGAACUGACCAUUACACAAGUGGACAUCAAACAAUCCAAAAGUUGUAUCUCGGACAGGCUAGAGGUAGUUGAUCCCUACGGUGGUUACCAGGACAACAGUGCUGUCAAGGGUCGUCAAGGAAAUACUAUCACCAUGGCAACAAUCUGUGGGAAGGACAGGGGUAUAAUUUUGGAAAGAAACAGUGCUCCUGGAUCUCUGUCUGGUCACCCACUUUCUCAUGUAUAUACCUCCUACCUGAACCAAAUGAAACUGCUUUUUACAAGUGGUUGUGAUAAAAGUGGCAUCAGUAAUAAAGACAAGAAUACAGGCUUUGUAGCAACAUUUGCAGUUAAGGAAGAUCCAGUUUUUCUAAACAAAACAUUCAACGAUGCAGUGAAUGUUUCGCUGGACAACUGCGACAUUAAUGUUUGUCAGAAUGGAGGACAGUGUAAAAGCACAUCAACAAAAUCUGCAUUUUUCCAUCACUGUCAAUGUUCAGGAUAUUACACAGAUGGCACCGGGUCAAUAAAUGGAGACUGGAGGUUUGCAGACCUUGAUCACAUUUAUAUCCAACUACAGUGUACACUGUAG